AUGGCGGGUUCGCACGUGCCCUCCAACCACCACCACCCACAAGCACAACAGAUACACGAUCCCGACGCCAUGGACUCGUUGCCGGCGCCGCCGCGCCACCUGCCGUUCCGACCGCCCAAGGGCAAAAACUCCAACACCAAAAACCUGUCGUUGAUGGUACCUCAAGGUAGCAACCAGAGCCACAACAGCCACAGCAAUAACAAUGUCUCGCCGCCUCACACAUCUAUAGAGCCUUCGAUAGCGGCGCCGCUGCCGUUUGUGCUGCCUGUCAGCUCGACGCCCGUGCGAGCGUCCGCCCCCUCGGUUGCUGCUGCUUCUCCUCUGGCAGCCUCCUUCUCGCUGGGACUGUCUCGCAAGGGUUCCGUCAAACGAUCCCACGUCGACGCCGAGCCCGAGGACGCAGCCUACGACAGUGACUACCGCAGCGAACACAAAAACUACCACUCCAGAACCUCCCCAAAGAGACAGUCCCCCAGUCCGCAGGUACAACCAGCCGCUUCUGCCACUGUGUCUAGUGUGCCUCCCUUCAGUAUGGAACCACCACCGUUUACGAUGCAGAGACGAACAUCGCAACUGAGUAUCAGUAUCCCGCUGGCCACGUGCUCCGGCUCAAACACUCUGCCUGCCCCCUUGGGCACCCCGACGUCCCAGUCGCACCAUUCCGCCAACUCCGCGGCCUCUCAGCUGUCGCUGUCGGACUCGGAAUCGGACCCCAACUCCGAUAACACUACACACACUACACCGCCACCAAACUACGACGAUGCGCUUCCACCCAGCAAACAUCACCUGUUCGCAGAGGAGCUCAUGACUCCCUCCGUGCACCAUGAGAACGCAUACCCAGAUGGACCCUUGCUCAUCUACCCCAGCAACGUUUACCUGUACUCGGAGCCUUCUGUGGAGCUCGCCCGUACGUUCGACGUGGUCAUCAACGUGGCCAAGGAGAUUGACAACCCGUUCUCCGAGGAGCAGUAUGCUAAUGAUGGACAGACCAACCCCGAGUACGUCUACGUGCCCUGGGGACACAACUCCAAGUUCCUGCCUGACCUGCCGUAUCUCACGCAGCUGAUUGAUGACAGAAGUGCUGCUGGCAAGCGUGUGCUGGUUCACUGUCAGUGUGGAGUCUCAAGAAGUGCGUCGCUGCUGAUCGCUUACAUUAUGAAGAAGCAGCAGCUUGAUCUGAAUGCAGCCUAUGACUGGGUCAAGUACCGGUCGCCGGAAAUCGGACCGAACAUGACGUUGAUUUUUCAGUUGAUGGACUGGCACAAGCAUUUGCUGGGCGAAAAGGAUGCGUUGGAGAGCGACGAAGAUUAG